ACGGGUUAAGCUUCUGGAGACCCGAUCCGGAUCAUUGGAAACGCGAGAGCCAGCUGAUAUCGAGUUUGUGAUCGAUCCACAGAUGGCAGUCCGAGACGGGUUAAGGCUUCUGGAGACCCGAUCCGGAUCAUUGGAAACGCACGACUGGGUGUCCAAUAAGUGUUUUGUCUACGCUUAUCAUCGCGGUUCGUCCGAGCCCAUGUGGAUGAACCAGGCUUUCCGUCUCAGAAUCGACAAAGCAAUGGACAAAUGGGAUAAGCAGACUGUCCAGGCCUUCGACCCAGUCGAGAGCCUCUACAAUCAGUACAACUGUUUCUUGGGUUUGAUUGAUGGCUCCUUGAACGACCAGACUGGCGACUGGGCACCCAUGGCCAUCGACAGCAAAGUCCCGCUCGACACUGCGUCCAACCACCUGACGGAGGUUCAUGGAGUGGAGAUCAAACAUCGGGAUACGAGGGACGCUCCUGCGGACAACGCGGAUGGGAAGUUUGGGCUGUGCCUUACUGUUUGGCCUUCCAUGGAAGGUAGGCGAGCAAAGCCUUUCACCAGGCGAGAGCCUCGUCACUGGAUCAAGCAAGAACUUUUCGCUUUCCCAGGAUUUGUUUGCAGUCAAUGCAACCAUGCCUAUUUCGACGGGAAGAUUGAAUGCCAGUGCUGUACAAUCGCCUCGGUUACUGACCUCUCCGUGAUCGCGGAGCCAGAUCGCGUGAGAAGGCUCGCCACCCGAGAAGGCUGCCCAAUCCGCUGGGAUAAGGGCAAAGGAAAAGCUUGCGUUCCUAUGGGUGCCUGGUCAAGCGGAAAUCGACCUCUUGCGGAGUGUCUGAUUUGCUUUCAUGAUCGCUUCUGCACGAUCGACGAGAAUGCAGUUCUCAUCAAAGCAGCAACGUCGAACCAAUAUGAGUUCUCGUUGCUUCAGCACGAUGGGGACAAGUAUUUCGUGAUGCAGUCAGAAGUUCUUGCUAUCAUGGGCGAGUUGGCCACUUUGUUCGAGAAGGAGCUCCCAAAGAGCCGCAAUCCGAACGAGCGGGAGUAUCCAAAGCUGACCUUGGGUCGUGAACUGGCUCUGCCUCCUGGAGUUGAGAAUCUUGUGCGACGCCAGCUCAACGAGCUUCUCGCGAACACGCCGUACCACCAACAGCGGCCCGAGUACUUCAUGGACAAGGUGAUUGAGAUGAGCACAGCGGCGAACAAGAUCGCCGCCCACCGGCUCCUCCGAGUGCUCUGCCAACAAGGCGCGGUCGCAGCUCCGACGAGCGUGCCAGCGCUUGCUCUGCUGCCGACCGGAACAGGACACGUUCCCCCACAUUGCAAG